UUAUCACUGAACGGUGCAUUGCUUCCAGGACUCCUGAGUAUAAAUUUUUGUAACCACUGUUUGUACGAAAGUAGGAAGUCAGGAAGGCGAUUUGGCUGGAUGAAGUGCUGCCGCCACCAGGGUUUGGUUUCUGACCAACGAUUUUCGUUCAAAACGAUUUUGGUUCAAAAGACGUAUGUGUGAUAGAUGCAAUGCAUAUUCAUUGAUCUGCAAAGGGCAUCUUUUGGAAACAAGAACUCCGGCAGCCUGGCACAGGCUGGAGGUCUGCCAAGACUGCUUGGGAAGCUUGCCACGCUGUGAGCGAGAGAAAGAGAGAGAUGAAGAAAAAAGGGAAAAAAGGCAAGACUUGGCACAGCUCAGUCAAACCGGCUUCUUUUGUCUGCUUUCUCAGCUUGAGCUUCAGGAAAGAAAACCAUCUUGGGGUAAACAUCAUGUGAAUGGGAAUCGCAUGGCUGAACCUUUUCCAGAGGGAAUGCACAUGGCAAUAUUUGGUAUGGGCUGUUUCUGGGGAGCAGAAAGAAAAUUUUGGAGGCAGAAGGGAGUCUACUCAACUCAAGUGGGCUAUGCAGGGGGACAUACCCUAAAUCCUACCUAUGAAGAGGUCUGUUCAGGAAAAACUGGCCAUACCGAAGCAGUGCGAGUGGUAUAUCAGCCGGAAACCAUCAGUUUUGAGAAACUACUCAAGGUCUUCUGGGAGAAUCAUGACCCGACGCAAGGAAUGCGGCAGGGGAAUGAUGUCGGCACGCAAUAUAGAUCUGCCAUCUACACCUACUCCUCAGAACAGAUGGAAGCCGCCCUGAGAUCAAAGGAAGAUUACCAGAAGGUAUUGACAGAGAACGGCUUCGGCCCAAUCACAACUGAAAUCCGAGAAGCUACCGAGUUCUACUAUGCUGAAGAUUACCACCAGCAGUAUCUAAGCAAGCACCCCAGUGGCUAUUGCGGACUUGGAGGCACUGGGAUUUCUUGUUCCGUUGGCGGGGAGGAGUGAACUUUCCUUUCCAGGUUUGGUCUGUUUCCUAAUACAACCGACAGAGAAAUAUGAGUUUUUCAGCUUGGAAGACUUUUCAAUUUACUUCUUGAGUGGGCUAAAGGAACUGUGGCGAUGUCCUCUGAAGGUUGACCAAGAUCAAGUUCUUUUUCUUUCCAUGGGCUCCCUGUAGUUUCAACGUUCAUGGGAGUAAUUGUGUUCCAUGUAAUAGCUGUAAUAAAGAUUGAUCCUUCACUUGCAAUGAUUGAAUUGCUGCGAAGAUACCUACAAUAUCCUUUCCGUACUGCAGGUGGCCAUUUCUGUAUUGGUUCAUUUCAUCUGCAGGUUCUGAUAUCUUUUUCCACACCAAUUUGCCACUUUUAGUUUUAUACCAUACAUAAGAAGAGGUUAAAAGCCUGCUUGAGUGAACUUGGGGGAUUGUGAACUUCCUUACUGUUCAAUGAUGUAAGGGUCCCCAUUAAAAUUUUACGUAUUUUUGUCUUCCAGCCAGCCUCACCUUGCAGGCCAUUAGUGUUGACGUUCUUCUUGAGCAAUCUCACCAAUUCCCAAAGAGCUUCCUCUGGGUUGUCUUAAGUAAACAGUCGUGUUCUCACUCCAAGCCAAGCCAGCUUUUCCAACUUGUCCUCAGCCAGUUUUUAAAGCUUAUCUAGGGCUGCAAAAGCAGAUUCACAAGGAACUGAAAAGAAGCUUCUUUUAUCUUCAAGAAAUAUUCCACAGUCCAUCUUCUGUAUUUCUUUGGAAACUGUAGCAAUGCAUGUAUUUUCAAACCAGCUGUGGAUUUGGCUGUCUCUCCAUUUUAUUUAUCAUCCGUUCGGUUGCUUGUCUUGCACUCUUGCUCUCCAAUAUGUAGGUUAAGGAUCUAAAUAGCUAAAGCAGUAGGUUGUCUCAUCUUUUCUUUCCUUGUAGCCUUUGCACCUCAUGCAAA